AUGUCAAAUUUAAAUAUCUCCUCUUCCAAUCCUUCUGGUACUAGUCUUGUAUCAGGAACCUCUGCCACUGCAAAUACUACUACAGAAGCCACUACUUCAGCAACCUCUUCAUCGUGGACCUCGACAGGCUUCUCGAACUACACUGGACCUGCAAAUUCAACCGCAAUUGGCCACCAUGGUUCUUCAGUUUCUGGAGGAGCCAUUGCUGGUAUCGCAAUAGCUACUUUCAUUGUUGGUGCACUUCUCAGUUCCAUUGGCCUUUGGUUUUACUUUAGGAGAAAACGAGCAUCGAAAAACCCCUGGAGGUCUGAGAAUGGAUACAGCAAAGGAAAUGAUAUUACAAAUCAUGGUGCUGCAAUACCCAAAGAUCCCGAGACACAAAUGCAAAGCUAUGUGAUUGCUGAACGAGCAGAUGAUAGUCAAUUGCGGCACCAAAUGCAAAAUCUUGAAGAAUUGAUCUACCAGCACGUCGAAAAUCACUAUAUUACAGGACAAUAUACUGGAACCUCUUACGAUUUCACGGCAACGUUGAAGAAAUGUGGAUAUUCGGAACGAACUGAGCCUACUAUCUCUACGCUUGGAUCACUACUUGGCAAUUCUACAGCAUACAAUAACGCACUAUCCCGAGUGCGAGAACUAUCCACACAUCAUAUAUCUUCAUCAAAAUCUCCCGAAGACGCUUCCAAAGACCCGUCAAUAGCAAAAGUUGUCAAUCUUCUCAACUCCAUACUCCAGCCUUUCAUAAGUCCCAGUAGCAAAAGCUCACAAUUCGAGAAUCUCGCAUCGAUCAUUUAUCAAGGGAGAGAACUUGGACUACAGUUGUUAGCACAACCAGGAAAUUGGAUAUUUGGUUGGAAAGCAACUGCAGGGGGGGUGGAAUCAAAUACCAGAAAUCAGAUUGUUGUGUUCCCUAGUUUAGAGGAGGUCAUUAAUAAAGACGGAAAAGAACGUCGGAGGGUUGUUUGUGAGCAGGAGAGGGAAAUUAUUUAA